GAUGCACCCAGCAGGAUCCUUCUGACUGUACUGUAAGUACGGCCAUAUUUUAUCCAAAGAGGCACGGGUCACUUGCUGGAGGAUUCUCUGCUCCUUGAAGUCUUUAAACCACGAUUUGAGGACUUCAAUAGCUCAGACAUAGGAAUAGUUCCAAAGGAAAAUGAAGUCCAUCCUCUGUCUGUGUGUGUUACUUGCUGGGCUUCAUGCUGUUGUUUUGUCUCAUCAUGUACCUGAGCACCACAAUGACCAGGAUGGUCAGACAGAUAAUAAUCCCCCACAGCAACUUAGCCCAGUUGGAGGCAAAGUCAUAACUGAACACAUGACCUUUAUGAAAGUUGUUGCUAGCAAUGCUGACUUUGCAUUUAGAUUCUACAAGCAGAUUAAAUCAGAAGCGGCUGACAAGAAUAUUUUCUUCUCUCCUCUGAGCAUCUCCACUGCCUUUGCAAUGCUGACGUUAGGUGCCAAGUCAGCCACUCUGAGUCAAAUUCUCCAAGGACUCUCCUUUAAUCUGACAGAGAUUGAGGAGAGGGAGAUACAUGAAGGUUUUCAUCAGCUCCUCCAGAUGUUAAACCAUCCUGACAGUGAGAUCCAGCUGAAUAUGGGAAAUGCCCUUUUUAUAGAUGAUCAACUGAAACUACUAGAGAAGUUUUUGGAAGAUGUCAAAACUCUGUAUGAGUCUGAAACUUUUCCUACUAACUUCCAGAAUUCUGCCGAGGCUGAGAAACAGAUCAAUGAUUACAUAGAGAAUAAAACCCAUGGGAAAAUUGCCAAUUUGGUCAAGGAUCUUGAUCCGCUCGCUGUAAUGAUUCUUAUCAACUAUAUUUUCUUUAAAGCUCAUUGGGAAAAUCCUUUCAAUAGUUUGUUCACCAAGGAAGAUGACUUUUUUGUGGAUGCAGAAACAUCUGUCAAAGUUAACAUGAUGAGCAGUAACAAACAGUAUAACACACACCAUGAUGAGGAGCUGUCUUGCUGGGUGGUUGAAAUCCCAUACAAAGGAAAUGCUGCUGCAAUAUUUAUUCUGCCUGAUGAAGGGAAAAUGGAGCAGGUGGAGGAUGCGCUGUUGAAAAAAACUGUGACCAAAUGGACAAAAUCACUUCAACAAAGAGAAAUUGUCCUGUACAUUCCAGCAUUCUCUGUAUCUGGUACCUAUGAUGUCAAAGAGCUGUUUGAGAAAAUGGGUGUGGUCGAUGUGUUCACUGACAAAGCUGAUCUGUCUGGAAUGACGGGGCACUCUAGCCUGAAGGUGUCAAAAGCUCUUCACAAGGCCGUGGUGGAUGUUCAUGAGAAUGGUACUGAGGCUGCAGCAGUCACUAUCGUCGAAAUUACAUACACGUCUCUUCCCUUCCCUCAACCUCUUACCAUUAAGUUUAACCGGCCUUUCCUGAUGAUAAUUGUUGAUAAAAAUACCCAGAGCAUCCUCUUCAUGGGGAAAAUUGUAAAUCCUACUAAAAAAUAAUUGUACUCUCACUGUACAUGUCCAAGUGCUUCAAAGGAGUUGUUUUUAAAUUCCCAGGAGUAUGUGCACGUACCACAGACCACUUGGUGCCAGUGACUGUAACUAAAUUGCAGUUCACCUAAAUUCCAAGCAAAUAAAACAUGAGUGUGGGGUAACUCCUUGCCUA